AUGUGCAAGAUGAUGAGUCCAGUGCAGCUGCCGGCCCUCCUCCUCCUCCUCAUGACACUGACCGCGCCGUCGGCUCACCGGGCGGCCGCUAGCACCCCGGCGGACCCGGUGCAGUGCUCGUCGGGCGGCGGCACGGCCGACUGCACCUUCUCGACCGCGUACGGCGUGUUCCCGGACCGCUCCACGUGCCGGGCCGCCGCCGUGGCCUACCCUACCACCGAGGCGGAGCUGGUGCGCGCGGUGGCGAACUCCACGGCCGCCAAGACCAAGAUGAAGGUCACCACCAGGUACGCCCACAGCAUGCCGCCGCUGGCGUGCCCCGGCGCCGGCGACGGCCGUGGCCUCGCCAUCAGCACCCGGUGGCUGAACCGCGUCGUGGCCGUGGACGCGGCCCGGGCAGAGAUCACGGUGGAGAGCGGCGUCACGCUGCGGGAGCUCAUCGCGGCGGCGGCGGCCGCCGGGCUCGCGCUGCCCUACGCGCCCUACUGGUGGGGGCUCACGGUGGGCGGCAUGCUCGGCACGGGCGCCCACGGCAGCUCGCUGUGGGGCAAGGGCAGCGCCGUCCACGAGUACGUCGUCGGGAUGCGCAUCGUCACGCCCGCGCCGGCCGCCGAGGGCUACGCCAGGGUGCGCGUGCUCGCGGCCGCCGACCCGGAGCUGGACGCCGCCAAGGUCUCCCUCGGCGUCCUGGGCGUCAUCUCUCAGUGA